CACGUGUGUACACACUGCAGGGCUCAGCAGCAGCGCUCCAGCAGUAGUAGUAAAGUCUGUAACGGUCGGCCCCCUUUCACACCGAGCCUCGUACGAAAAGUUGAUAGGUGACGCGGGUCUUAACGGAAAUCCGACUAAACGGUUUGUGUUCGCUCACCUUGUCGCUUUCACGCUUCAUGGGUUUGGAGACAACCGGAAGAGAUUUAUCCGCGUCUAUUUCCAAAUGAAGCAAUUGAGAAAUGUCAGUGGAAAUGCUACAUCCAAAUCCAAUGCCCCCGUAGGUUUGUCGCCGAUCCAAACCUAUACGUUUGUGUGGAUCUGCUGAGAUAGCUUGUCAGAGCCCAGCGAUGUGGAUCUGCUUGAUUCACAAUGAGACGGACGCCAGCGUGGACUUCCAGCUCUGCCAGGACUUGGGCCUCAUCCUAUCAGUCGUCUCCCUCAUCUACCUCCUCGUGUGCUUCCCUUUGGGGCUGUGCUACAAUGUGCUGCUGGUGGUGGUGAACCUGUCCAACAAGGUGUCCAUGACCAUGCCAGACGUCUACUUUGUCAACAUGGCCAUUGCGGGCCUUGUGCUGAAUCUGGUGGUGCCGAUGGAGCUCCUAGAUGCCACGUUCACACGCUGGAACGCAUGGGAAUACAACGACGAGGUCCACAUCACCCUCCUCAUCCUUUUCAACAUCUCCUCUCUGGUCAUCAUGUAUUCCACCACGCUGCUGAGUCUGGACUACUACAUAGAGCGGGCGCUGCCUCGCACAUACAUGUCCAGCGUGUACAACACAAAACACGUGUGUGGGUUCAUUUGGGGCGGCGCGGUGCUGACCAGCUUCUCUUCACUGCUCUUUUAUGUGUGCAACCACAUCUCCACCAAGAUGGUGGAGUGCUCCAAAAUGCAGAACAAGGAGGCUGCAGAUGCCAUCAUGAUGUUCAUUGGUUACGCAGUUCCAGCGGUGGCGGUGCUUUACGCCUUUGUGCUGAUUUUACGCAUCAGGAAGGAGUCUACACCUCUGGAUCAGGAUUCGGCUCGCUUGGAUCCGUCCAUACACCGGCUGCUGCUGGCCUCGGUGUGUGUGCAGUUCGUCCUGUGGACCCCGUACUACAUGACCCUUUUGGUGCACACCAUCUCUGGCACACCGGGUUAUAUUAGCAUUGCUUAUAACAUCCCUACGUAUAAUUUCCUGAAGUGUGUGUCUAAGCUGCUGGCCUUCUCCAGCAGCUUUGCAAUGCCUCUCAUGUACAGACAGAUGAACAAAAACUUCUCCAGCAAGCUCCAGCGGCUGCUCAGAAGGCUGCACUGCAGGGACCGCUCCUGCCCUCAUGAACGCUCAACAGUGCAGCAAGUGGUGACGUGAAGUCAGCUGCCCCUCCACCCCUUGGCCCAGCAGCACUUACUUCCCCUCCCAGCCACCCCACCCGCUCAGAGCCAGUGUCAGACCGAGCUUCCUCACCGCUGUGGACCGUGUGAGGAGCGACACGGCUGAGUGGAAUUUCCUGUCCCUUUCCAGAACUCUGUCUGAUCCAUCCUUUCUUUUCCGCAGCAACAGGACAAACCAAGAAAAAAAAAACACAAAGUGCUGCUUUUUUGUCACCGAGUGAAGCUCGUCACCAGGACACUCGGGUUUCUGAUUCAGGGCUGCUAAAGUUAGUACAAUCAUCCAAUCGGAGUUCGGCGUUCUCUGAGGGCUUCACUUUCCAACAGUGCAACGGUUUCUCCAGCUAGUCUUCUGGAUGUGGGUUUGUUGUAUGGGCUGCCUGCAGUUCACCGUUAAGUGUCAAGAUGCUGUGAUUUAAUGUGAAAGCGGGAGCUUCCUCUAACAACCAAUACGCUCUAAACCUCUGCUAAAGGUAACCCAAGUCACUUUAGCUCUAAACAAAACCUCUGCAUUGAUACAAACUAGGUGUGUCCUAACGCGUAACUCUGCAGGUGACUUAACACUUUUGCUGUCUUAAAUGUGUUGGCAUUCUUACAUCAAGUGUUCAAGAAGCGUGCUAAUCUGCUAGACCCUUUAAACCACAGCUAGCUUGUAGCAAUGCUAGUAGAAAGUUUGUAUUCAGGGUUUUAACCAUAACCGGUAUACCUCUUAGUCUCUACUGUAAUCAGAUUACCUGUUAAUCUCCGGCAGUUCGGAUCGGCUCGUUAACCUGAGCAGACAGCCCAACCUCGGCUAAGCCGGGACACCAUGUACACCCUCUGGGUUUUAGACCUGUUCUCUGGCUCCAGCUCACCAGUUUGGUUUAUUAACACAACAAAUCCACGCUGCUUCGGUGCCAGACCUCUUCUAGUAUUAGCAGUUCCUUAUUGCACAGUGUUUGCUGCAAUACAACAUUCUGGUUUUUACUUGCUUUUAACCAAACAUGGCCAGUUUUCCUGUGCACCAUCCUGUGAGCAGAUGCAUCAUCCAAAUGGGGCAUUUGCUGUAAAAACCUCUGAAGAGUUUCCACUGGCUUGCCUUUUACCGUGAACUUUAAAUGACAGUGACUUGAUGUAUCUUUCAUGAUUGAGAUUCGUGCUUCUCAUAUUUGAAUCCCGUAUAUUUGAAAGCACCACACCUACAGUUGCUGAGUAAAUCGGUUUGGACAUUUAAUUUUUGCAGCAUGACACCAUGGCGCCUGCUGUCAGGCUGUGAGAAAACUCUCAGUUUAGACUGUUUACAUUUGGAGCUGCAGUUUGUGUUGGCCUGUAGAAAUAACGCACCGUUUAUCACUAUUCCAGCUCCGUAAAAUUCUUACAGUAUGGUCCGAAAUGGGAAACUAGUGAGCACUUGUGUGAAAAUCAGAGGGCAACUUGUUCAAAUGGUAUUUAUCAAAUCCAAACGUGACCCUCAGCAUGUGCUGCGCUGAUACUGGAACAGUUCAGAACUCCAGAAUUAGUCUUGGAUCAGAACUGCACGAGGGAAACAACAAUCAAGGUCACAAUUUUUGCAGGAGCAAUUGUUAAACUGCAAGACGCUGCUGCAAAACCACCUUUUCCUAAACCUUUUCUGGAGAUGACAUGUUUCAGCUGAGUUUUCUAAUAACACAUGGAGGGUGUGACUUUUAAAACACCCAAGAUCUGAUCAGGUUCUUUCCACCAUCACCAAAAUGUCAUUAGUGUGAUUUGGAAGCUAUCUUGCAAAUCCAACUGUCAAGAUCAAUAAUUAGCAAUUAGCAAAUGGACGGUGCAUGAUGGAUGAGAAGUGGAAAAUAAAGCUAGCGAACACCUCUGAAAUCACGCCCAACGACAACGUCUGCUCCGGUCUGAGAGCAGUUUAUUAUUUCAGAGGGGUGCUUCCAUCUCACACCAGAAAUCACAAGCACCCACUUCACUUAGUGGUUAAAACAGACACGUGAGCUCACCCACAAAGCGUGUGUGUGUGUGUGUGUGUGAUGUAUGUUAGGUAUUUGGAGAGCAAAACCUCAGCUGUUUCCUUGGGCUCUUUCAAUAAUAAUACCCUUAUUUGACUGUGUGAAUAAUGUAAAUGUAUAAAUGUGUGUAAAUGUUGAAAGAUACCAUGCUUUAUCGAAAUCACAGUAUUAUUUUCUCAGAGAUAUAUUUAGAUUCUGUAAGCACUCUUACUGUUAGCUGAGUCAAAGACUGAUUAAACAAUAAACUAACAUGACUCGA